CCUUCUCUCUCUCCUCACAACAACCAUGCCUCACACCCAAGCUCGUCCAAAGCCAAACCCUAACACUCCGCCAGCAUCGUCGGCGCCGGCGAUUAAGGCUGAGUUUGGUUCGAAUAAUUCCGGUCCUUCCGCGGCCGCCGGCGCUUCCACUACCGCAACUCUUAAGAGACCGCGCGAAGAGGACGGAACGGAGGACGCGGAGGCAGAGACCUCAACUGAUCUGCCGGUGGGGAAGCGGCGCGUGAAGUCCACUAACGACGUUAUAUACCGCAUUGUGGUGCCUUCGAAGCAGAUUGGGAAGGUCAUCGGAAGAUCAGGGCAUCGCAUUCAGAAGAUUCGGGAGGAGAGUAAAUCCACUAUUAAGAUUGCAGACGCCAUCUCCCGCCAUGAAGAAAGGGUGAUCAUUAUCAGUUCAAAGGACAAUGAAAAUAUUUUUUCCGACGCAGAAAACGCACUUCAUCAAAUCGUUAGCCUGAUGCUUAAGGACGAUGAUGGCAAUGUGGAGGUGGUGAAAGUUGGGGCUGAACACGUGCCAGCUAAUACGGUGAGGCUUCUGAUUGCUGGCUCGCAAGCCGGUGGUUUGAUUGGGCCUUCAGGUCAAAAUAUUGUGAAAUUGAGGAAUACCUCAGCGGCAGCUAUUACUGUUCUCUCUCCUAAUCAGCUCCCUCCAUGUGCAUCUGCACACGAGUCUGAUCGAGUUGUCCAGAUAUCGGGAGAUAUUCCGGCAGUUUUGAGGGCUGUGGUGGAAAUCGGGUGCCAACUUAGGGAUAACCCACCUAAACAAGUAAUAUCAGUCAACCCAACAAACAAUACUGGCUUUCAUCGGCCACCUCAACAACAGGUGGACCCUACUUCAGCUGAUUACGUAACGCUGGAGCUUAUGGUUCCUGAGAAUCUGGUGGGUGGGCUGAUUGGUAGAUUUGGUGCCAAUAUCUCGAGAAUCAGAAAUGAGUCGGGCGCAAAUAUUAAGGUUCAUGGUGCGAGAGGUGAGCAAACACAAAGGCAGAUCCAUUUAAGUGGUGGUGCUCAACAGGUUGCCCUUGCCAAACUACGGGUCGAUGAAUACGUGUAUGCUGAAUUAAUGAGACAAGCAGGCGGACAACUACCACAAACUUCUGUUCAAUUGCAACAAUAUUCUACUCCACAGCCAAUGCCUGAUAUGUCGAAUACUCUAUACCAAUCUUACGGACAUGCCCACGGCCUUUACACAACCAGUAAUCAAGAAACGGGGAUGAUGCCGACACUUCCGCAAAUGUAUCCACCAACUGCAACAAACCAAGGACCUCCUUACUACGGUCAUCACUCCUAUUAACUGCAGAAAAAACAAGUAUGUAAUUAUUUUUCCUCUCUGGAUAGUUUUAUAAUUAUCGACUUCCCGUUUUUUGAGCUUGUGUACCUCAGCAUAUUUAAUAAACCUAUUAAUUAACCAAUUAAUUAAUUCUACCACCAAAUCCACUUGCUACCAAAGUAUUAUCAUGUAGAAGAAAUUUGGCUUUUUAAACCUAUAAUACCUUCUUUUUUUUACUGUCA